GUUCCAGUACCACUACUCCACACACCAGACGACGGUUUGUUUUAAGUUUGCCACAGCGUAUGGACGUCCACGCGUGUGUGCUUAGGCACGUUCAGGUUCCCGUUGACCUUGCCGUCUGAGGAGUGCGUGGCAGCGCAUGCGCAGACAAGGAAGUGAAAGACACCUGACGCACCUGACCAUCUCAGACCUCACCUCACCCCCUCACUGUCGUCAGCUGUCUGUCUACUCUGGCGCAUUUAGUCUCUCGUCAGCUCCAGUCCGCAGUGGGCACGCUUACCAGAUCCGUAUUAACCCAAAUCAAGACGUCAGGAUGUCAUCAGCGAGUGACCGAGCAAUCCUCAACUCCAUCUUCAACCCUCUGCUGCCCGUGGGCGAGUGUGUCUACGAGGAGAACAUCCCGGAGGAGCUCAAAGACAGUGAGGAAGCAACACCCAAGAGUGAAGAAGCAAAGCAUUUGGAGCUUGAGGGAGUGAAGUUAGCCGAGGUCGGGAAUGUAGAGGAAGCCAUGACAUCCUUCAAUAAAGCCAUAGAGCUGGCCCCACAGAGAGCCUCCAGCUUUAACAACAGAGCUCAGGCCUUCAGGCUGAUGGGAAAAGUGGAAGAGGCCAUGACAGAUCUAGAUACAGCCGUAAGGCUGUCUGAGGGCAAGGGACGAGCAGCAUGCCAAGCAUUCACCCAGCGGGCCAUGAUUCACCGCCUCCAUGGCCAAGAUGACCUGGCAAGAGCAGACUUCCAGGAAGCAGCCAAUCUAGGUUCUGAAUUUGCCAAAGCACAAGUGGUGCAAAUGAAUCCCUAUGCAGCUUUAUGCAACAAGAUGCUGCACGAUGUCUUCACCAAGCUGCGUCGAGGGGAAUGUGAAGCUGUAUGAGGACUCACAGCACAUUAGCUUAUUUAGCAGUCAUAUUCAGACAAUGCACAGAUCUGUGUAGGUUGUGUACACAUAAGUAUGUACACUAUGGGGAAUAUUCAUGUGUGUGUGUGUGUGU